AUUGUCUGUGAUUUUGGGCAUUGGGUCAUGAGCAAUCUUCAAGAUUGUAAGGAGAUGAAAGCAAGGACUUGGCAGCGAGCUGAGGCGGCGAUGCUGGAAAUCAUAGGUAAGAUUCAGCAAAGUAUCACUUCGGAAGAGGAGAGGAAAUCCGUGAUUGAUUAUGUGCAAAGGCUGCUCGAAGGUUACUUUGCUUGUAAGGUAUUUGUAUUUGGUUCGGUGCCCUUGAAGACGUAUCUUCCUGACGGAGAUAUAGACUUAACCGUUUUUGGUGGUACGAUUUCUCAAGAGGAACAUUUUGCAGAUAAUGUUGUUCGUAUUCUCAAAAGCCAACAUCGGGACGAAGGGUCGACUCCCGAGUUUCCUGUAGAGGAUGUUCAGUACAUUGAUGCCGAGGUGAAGCUUGUAAAAUGCCUUGUCAAUAAAGUUGUAGUCGAUAUCUCGUUCAACCAAGUUGGAGGGCUCUCCACUGUAUGUUUUCUGGAGAAGGUCGAUCGCCUCAUUGGAAGGGACAAUCUCUUCAAGAAAAGCAUCAUACUAGUGAAAGCAUGGUGCUAUUACGAGAGCCGGAUACUCGGAUCUCACUAUGGCUUGCUUUCUACUUACGCCUUAGAGACGAUGGUUCUAUACAUCUUCCAGAUCUUCCAUUCUUCCUUGGACAGUCCUUUGGCAGUUUUGCAGAAGUUCUUGGAUUAUUACAGCAAGUUCAACUGGGAAAAGUACGGCGUCAGCUUGUUUGGUCCUGUUUGUGUAUCCUCCCUUCCUGAACUCGUUGAUGAUUCUGCUGAAGAGCCAUUGCUUAGUCAACAAUUUCUCCAUGAGUGCGUCGAGGCACUCUCAGUUCCAUCAACAGCUCUCAGCGCUACCCCGCUGGCAUUCACCCCGAAGCAUCUUAACAUAGUUGACCCCCUGAAAGAAAGCAACAACCUCGGCCGUAGCAUCAGCAAAGGGAAUUCGGUCCGGAUAAGGAGUGCUUUCUCAUUAGGUGCUCUUAAGCUCGAGAAAGUUCUCUCCCAGCCCACAGAAAGCAUCUUCCAUGAACUCGGUGCGUUCUUCGGAAGGACACUGGAUAGGCUAGGGGAGAUGGAAGAGAACUCUAAACCGGGAAAUCAAUCUCCGCACAGCCAUAAUGAAGCUAAGAAUUUUUCGAUUGGGACUACAGAUCUCAGAGGAGAUUACGAGAGUCUGCUGAAUAACCUGCAAUUUGGACAGUGCUGUUACCGCUAUGUGAUCGCGCCCCCUGUCUCUGCCCAGUCACAGAUAAGGAGCGCAAAUGUUCUGGUACCGGGAGAUGCUUUCUGCCUGAUUGGGUCUCUCAUUACAUCGAAGCCGAGAGGAACAGGGGCAUUCAUUCCCAGCAACGACCAUUCCCAGGCGUGGGAGGCUCGUAUAAGGCAAAAUGAAGAAAAAGAGAAAGGGUCUGAAACAUCCCAAGGAAACUACAUAGGCCGUGGUCCGGAGUCCUGCUCGAAGCAUCACCGGUCCACCUGUCCCGCUCCCAGGAUGAGAGAUAAAUGGGUGCCUGCGAAAACCUACAAUCUGGAAGACGAGGACGAGUUCCCGAGCCUGAGUACAUUGAAAUAGAAAACAAAACAAUGAGCAGUCAGAAGUAAUAGAACUAGUGAACAACCAUACUACACUCUUUUGAUUUGUGAUGUAAAGAAAGUUUUUCAAGAUUUAUCGCUGCAGUUUUACAAAGUUUUUUGUAAGCAGUUAAAGAUCUCAAUUAGGUUAGUGCUUGGGUGUUGCCCUUGUGCUUGCGAAAAUGCCUACUGCCGAAUAGUUAUUUCAAGCUCCUGAUGAAGUAUCAACUAAAUAGAGUGAUAUUCCAGAAACAAGCUAUCAAACGCAACAGCAGCACUUGACGGCUACUCUGAUCAUAUCAUCAAUGAAAGGAGAAGCGGUUCUGAGAUAUUGUACAGAAUCAGAAUCAACAGUGACCAAAUCUGACACACAAGCUUACUGCAUCCUACACAUGAUAUGCAUUGAGGAAAGGCGGUCCAUGAAUUAGACCCGUGACUUGGAGCUGUUUGCCUUUCACCUUUGCUUAAAGUGAGUGGGCUUUUUUUGCGUCUUCGAGUGCCUCCAGUUCUUUCAUCCAUCCCUCAAUAUCUCUCUCCAUUAUCCGCAUCUUCGCCUUUAGAGCUUUAAUUUUCUUAUCAAGAUCGACGAGGGCAGGAUUUUCACCUGUGGCAGUAAAAUUUAUUAUCUCA